AUGACGAUUCCUCCAGGAUUACAUAGAUCCAAAAACAACCAAGCUUGCCGUCUUAAUAAGUCUCUUUAUGGCCUCAAGCAAGCGAGCCGCCAAUGGUACAGUAAAUUGUCUGAGGCUCUUCUGACUCUUGGUUAUAUACAAGGAAAUGCAAAUCACUCCAUGUUUACUCGAAAGGUUGGAUCCUCAUUCACAGUGCUUUUGGUCUACGUAGAUGAUGUUGUACUUUCUGGUAAUUCCCCAUCUGAGAUCACACGAGUGAAAGCUUUUCUACAUGAGAAAUUCAAAAUAAAGGAUCUUGGUCCUCUGCGCUAUUUUUUGGGCCUUGAAGUUUCUCGCACUUCACGUGGAAUUCAUCUCAACCAACACAAAUAUGCAUUGGAGAUCCUCUCUGAUAUGGGGAUGCUAGCAACCAAGCCCAGUUCUACUCCAAUGGAGCCAUCUUCUCGUCUCAGUCGCACCACUGGGUCCCCUCUGAUAGAUGAGUUCUCUUAUCAUCGCCUAGUUGGGCGCUUACUCUAUUUGACAACAACGAGACCAGAUUUCUGCUUCGCUGUUCAACAGCUUUCUCAAUUUGUAUCUUGUCCUCGUGAUGCUCAUCAUCAAGCUGCACUUCGUAUUCUUAAAUACUUAAAAGGAGCACCAGCUUCUGGACUUUUCUUCCCUUCGUCUCCAGAUAUCCAGGUUCGUGCCUUUGCUGACUCCGACUGGGCAUGUUGCCCUGACACUCGCCGGUCAACUGCAGGUUUCUGCAUAUUUUUUGGAUCUUCUUUGGUCGCUUGGAAAACGAAGAAGCAAUCAACUGUUUCUCGUUCCUCAUCUAAAGCGGAGUAUCGAGCUCUUGCCAUUCUCACCUGUGAAAUCCAAUGGCUCCAACAUUUGUUUCACGAUCUGCAUAUUCAAUGGCUUAAACCAGCCUCUGUUUUUUGCGACAACAAAUCGGCCAUUUAUCUUGCCCAUAAUCUAGCCUUCCACAAGCGCUCCAUACACAUCGAAAUCGACUUUCACAUUACUCGCGAGAAACUUCAGUCAGGUCUUUUGCGACUACUUCCAGUGACAUCCUCUGACCAGUUGGCCGACAUGUUUACCAAGUCUCUUCCUCCGGCAGUCUUUCACACAGCUCUCUUCAAGUUGGGCCUUGUUAACAUUCACGGUCCAACUUGUGAGGGGGUAAUGAGGACAAGCCAAAAUCCAAGCCCAGACAAUAAAGGCCCACGACCUUCAGCUGAUACAAACAGUCCAACCAACUCAGUUUCCACGUCAGAUGACAGUUGCAUUAUGCCAACUAACCAUAACAGAACGAAUGUAGUUUGUUAG